AUGAGCUACAGUUUCAGUCAAGUUGGAUCCUCCAGAAUGAGCAGUGGUGUGUCCUCCAGGCUUUCUGAUGGGAUCUACAGAGCAGCCAGUGUCCAUGGUGGUGGAUAUGGAGGAUCAAGUAUCUCCUUUUCCAGUGCAUCUGCUGCCUCAGCACGUGGCUUGGGCUCUGGAUUUGGAGGUGGAGCAGGCUAUGGCUCAGGAUCAUCCUUCAGUGCCAGCUUCAGCGCUGGUGGAGCUGGAGCUGGGGACAGAUUACUUUCUGGAAAUGAGAAGUAUACCAUGCAGAACUUAAACGACCGUCUUGCCAACUACCUUGAUAAAGUACGAUCUUUGGAGGCAGCGAAUAAUGAUCUAGAGGCCAAGAUCCGUGAUUGGUAUUCAAAGCAGGGGUCUGUGACAGUUCAGGAGCAGAACUUUGCUGGCUUCUACAACACAAUUGAUGAGCUCCGUGAUAAGAUUUUUGUGGCAACAAUCAACAACUCAAAAGUGAUUUUGGAGAUCGAUAAUGCCAGACUGGCUGCUGAUGACUUCAAACUUAAGUAUGAGAAUGAACUUUCCCUGCGCCAGAGUGUUGAAAAUGAUAUCUAUGGACUUAGGCGUCUCUUGGAUGAGCUGACAAUGACAAGAGCAGAUCUGGAGCUCCAGAUUGAAGGUCUCAAGGAGGAACUGAUUUACCUGAAAAAGAACCAUGAGGAGGAAGUUAGCGAGACGAGACAGCAAACUGCUGGCACUGUCAAUGUGGAACUGGAUGCUGCUCCUGGAGUUGAUCUGCUCAAGACUCUCAAUGACCUCAGGGAACAAUAUGAGCAAGUUGCCGAGAAAAACAGAAGAGAAGCUGAAGCUUGGUUCCUUGGUCAGGUUAAAAGCUUGCAGAAUGAGGUCGUUACCAGCACACAGCAAUUACAAACCAACAAAUCUGAGAGCACAGAACUAAGGCGCAGUCUACAAGGACUUGAAAUUGAACUUCAGUCAUUGCUCAGCGCUAAAGCCGGUCUGGAAUCUUCAAUAGCAGAGACAGAAGGUCGUUAUGCUGCACAACUGUACCAGAUACAGUCUCAUAUCAGCAGCAUUGAAGGACAGCUUGGUGAUCUCCGCUCAGAUCUUGAACGCCAAAACCAAGAGUACAAAACCCUGCUAGACAUCAAGAGCAGACUGGAGCAGGAAAUUGCUACAUACCAUCAGCUCCUAGAGGGAGAGGGUGGAAAGUAA